UUGUUAUCAUUUGAGAAUUUUUUUAUUGACUUGAUAUGGAUAUUUAUUUUUUGUUUACAUUUUAAAUGAUGUUGUCUGUGGAAAAUUUGCGACAAUAUUGUCGUACCUGUCUGAUCAAGUUAGAGAUAACUAUUGAAGAUCAUACUACAAAAGCUAUUCCCACAAGUAAAUGCCCUGACCUAGAGCGUUUAAUAGAAGUAUGCCUUGCGAGGACUACUGCGGGUGACGAUAGUUUGUGUUACUAUGCACCAUUUCUGUGUCGCUCCUGUUUCGACAAAUGGAUGGAUUUUUUAAAACUCUACCAACUAGCUAUUACGGCCGAUGAAAAAAUAAGAAAUGUAUUAGAAAAAGAAGUUCUUAAAACUGAAAACAAAGAUGAAGGCAAUUUUAAAAAGAACACACAAAAUGAAAAUUUUAAUGAGUAUUUGAUUGAUGCCGAAGCCUUAGUCGAUAUACACGAGGUAGAAAAAUAUGAAACAGAAUCUCCAUUUUAUACGAAUAGUCAUUCAAAUACGCCAAUCAAUGAUAUUCAGUACAAAGCAACUCAUAUAGAUGAUGGCACUCAACUAAAUAGGGAAUUAGAAACUGAAGAAAUAGAAAUACCAAUAUCAAAAGAUUAUGAUGAUGAUUGUGUUCACAGCUCUUCAGAUAACGCGGAUGAUAUUGAUUUUACACCUAAAAAGCCGCUAAAUCAAAAACGUAUAAAAAUAAAAAAUUCUCAAAAGAAUAAAAAGACUAGAAAAUCAUCGUGUAUAUUAAAGAAAACUUAUAAGACCAGAAAAUCAUUACUUAAGUGUAACAAAAAUCAAAUACGCCCAGAAAUUCAGAAUGAAUAUACCACAGACAUCGGCGAUAAUGAUAAUGCGGCAAAAAAAGUUCGAUAUCAAUGCGAACCAUGCAAUCAAUAUUUUUGGGAGAAAAAUAAGUAUGAUGGGCAUGUGAAACAAGUACACGAGGGUAUCAGACGUCCAUACCAAUGUCUACAAUGUGAUAAAGCAUAUAAUCUGUACAAAACUCUUUUGCAGCAUAAACGAGAGUGUCACAGUGAAAAAUCGAAAGAAAUAUUUAAAUGUGACAAAUGUGAUAAAAUAUUUAAAACAGCAGUAAUUCUUAAACAACACCUGACCAAUAAGCAUUCCGAGCAGAAAGAGGCCAUGCGUUCCAUUUGUGAUCAGUGCGGUUUUAUUGCAGCUCAUCAAUAUUCGUUGUCGCGUCAUAUCAUAAACAAACAUACUGAAACAGAUCAAAUAAAAUGCGAUCAUUGUCCGAAGGUUUUCAAAACCCAAUACUCACUCAAAUAUCACGUGAUAGGCAAUCACAACCCAUCCAAUAUAAAACCAUUUAAGUGCCCCGAGUGCCAAAUGGGAUUUACACGUAAAACGUUGUUAAAUCAACAUAAGCGUACCCACAUCAAAUACACUGAACGUAUCAAAUGCGAUUUUGAAGGCUGUGAGGUGCGUUUCGUUAAGCACGGCGAUAAAACUCAUCAUAUGAGGUUGGUUCACUUAAAAGUAAAACAACAUAUUUGUGAUUUUUGCGGUGAGGCAUUUGGCGCCAUGCAAACACUGCGUCAUCACCGAUUUAUUCACACUGGAGAAAAACCUUAUAAAUGUAAUGUUUGUGGUCAAGGAUUUCGCCAACGCACCGCAAUGAAGACGCACCGAAAGAUACAUUUUGGUAAAGAUACAGAAAGGCAGGAUCUUAUUAAUAAUUUACCAGAAAUUAACUUAAGCUUAGUAAAUACUUUAAACACAAAUAAUUCCAAUUUUUUGCGAAAAUUUUAUAAAAAUUUAAUUACUGAAUGUAAAUUAGUAGUUAUGAUAACAUUAACGAAAAAUAAUGCGAAGGAACGGUGUCGCACUUGUUUGUGUAAACUACUGAAAGAUGAAGACAAUGAUGAGAAUGUAGUCACUUAUUUUUCAAACAAGUUUGUCGAUAUCAACACAAAUAAGCAAUUGCAAGAAAUGCUGGAAAAAUAUGUGUACACAGAAGGUGGAGUGGAUUUGUGCAAUGAUCAAUCAUACCCGCAAUAUGUAUGCUUGGAAUGUUUGAAGCACUUGCAAACGUUUGAGACGUUUCAAAAUAAGGCUAUGGAUAGUGCUAAGAAACUAUACAAAGUCUUCAGUGGCAAUUGUAUGGUACCUAAAAUAGAGCUGAAUGAUGAUGGACUCGAAUGUAAGGACAAUAAAGUGGAACAAAUAAGUGAUUGCGUGAAAGAUGACAUUUUCAAUUUAUUUCUGAAGGAUUCUUUGAUGGAGACCGAAGCAAUUAUUCUAGAUGACACCGAUAACAAUAACGAUUUCAAUAAUAUGGACCCAGAUCCAUUUCAAAAUACACAAAAGCCAGAGAAUAUAAGAAAACCAAGAACACGAAGAGCUAAAGGGAAAAGUGAUUCUCUUCCCAAUAGUAAAUCAAAUUACCGCAAAUCCAAAAAGUCUAAUAUGACGGUAGAAAAUGAAUCAAUAAAUAAAAAACUUGAAACCAUAACGGCGUUACAGACUAAAAAUAAAACAGACAAAUGGGCGGCGGAACAGGGUGACAGUGAUGAAAAUUUCGAUUGGCAGGAAAGUUCGUUCCAAGAUCCAGGUGAUGAUUCGUCCGAUAAUGAAGUACUAAGUAAUAAAAUUCCACAUUCCGAAAUAGCAGAUAAAGUAAGAAAACAAAAACCAAGAAAAUGCAAUGUUAAAUUGAAUGAAGAAAACUCAUUUUCAAAUCGUGAAUUUAGAGUCGAAUCACAGGAAACAGAAAAACAAUCGAAGGACGACUUAAAAGAAAAUAAUUCCACCAGUUCAACAUCUAGAAAUAGCAUAGAGUUAGAAAAACAACCUUUAGAAAUUAUAAAAACUGAACUAGAUUCCGAUGGUGAAGCAUCAUCUGACAGUGAGUUUAAUACACAGGCAAAUAUACUGUCAAAGCCAGCAAAGAUAGAAAAGAAAAAACGACAUUAUAUUUUAAACAGUGGUCGUAAGAAAGGUUUAGCCAAUAGGUAUAAGUGUGAUCAAUGUCAGCACAAGUUUGGUCACAAACUUACCCUGGAGGCACACGUCCGUAAAGUACAUGAAGGUCAAAAAAAGGCUUUCAGGUGCCAACUUUGUGAUAAGGCAUAUUCAUUUGUGGGAGGAUUGUCUACUCACAUUAGAGACGUACAUGAACGUAAACAAGACUCGUAUGAUUGUAGUGUGUCGGGAUGUGAUAAAAAGUAUAGCAACUUUAUAACGCUACAACGUCAUGUACGUUUUAAGCAUCUCAAUAUGGAGUCGACGCAUCAAUACGUAUGUGAACAGUGUGGAGCCACGUUUAAACAGAGUUCAAAUUUACGUUAUCACAUGAAAACUCGCCAUCCAACUGAAGAGGAUCUGAAGCGUAAAGAACUGCUGCCUAAGGAUCGUUUGGAAUGCGAGGAAUGUAAAAAAUCGUUUCAUUCUCAGUACACACUUAAGUAUCACAAACUGCGAGUACAUGCUGACGAAAAGAAAUUCGAAUGUAAAAUAUGUGGCCGUCGAGUAGCUAAACAAUUCAUGUUGGACUCCCACAUGUUGGUGCACUCUGACCAGAAGUUGGCCUGCAAGUUCUGCGGUCGAGAGUUCGUUCGCAAAUAUCAGGUGGAAGCCCACAUUAGAGCGGUACAUCAAAAACUAAAACCUUUCCAGUGUCCACAUUGCAGUGAAAGCUUUGCCUCACGAAAAACCUUACGCCACCACAUAUAUAUACACACUGGUGAAAAGCCUUACGUAUGCGAUAUUUGCGGUCAGGCCUAUCGGCAGCCAACAUGUUUGAAAAAUCAUCGUAAAAUUCAUAAUAAGCUUAGUGCAAAUGAUGCGGCCACUGCUAUAGCAGCUAAUCGCAGUUUUAUAAAUAACUUUGUACAAAACAAUGAUGCAUUGACGAAUGGGGAGGAAAAUUUAGUAUUAAAUUAAUUUAUUUGUAAA